AGAGAGAGAGAGAGAGAGAGAGAGAGAGAGAAAAAUAUUUGGGUUGUGCUAGUUCACGCCACAGCUCUUCCAUUGCAUUUUUACCUCGGUGUGGGAGACAGAAACUCAGAGGAUGUCAGCGCCACUCAGCCAAGCCGGUGUACAGAUGAGCACAGGGCAGUUUACCCAAGAAUCAACACAAUAUUCCCAAGUACCAAUACAGCAGUCCCAAGUAUCGGUGCAGUAUUCCCAAGGACCAAUACAGCACUCACAAGGAUCCGUGCAGUAUUCCCAAGUACCAAUACAGCUUUCUUCAACUUCAAUACCGGUUUCUCCAACUCAAUUGUCUGUCUCACCUUACUCAACUGUCUCACGACAGUACGGAUCGCAGCAUGCUUCUGUCCAGUCUCCGGUGUACCUGACCACAAAUGGAUCUGCUCACGCCGGCAAUGUUGUGUACGAAACGGUGCAGUACCUGGUUCCCCUGGAAAGAAAAAUGGAAGGCUAUGUUUUGGUCGACAGCCAACCCAGGGAGCAACAGCUACUAUCACCUUGCUAUUUGCAGAACGUCAGCAGCUACAACAAGAACAACGUGGACACGACUGUGCAGACUGUGGAAACAGUGCAAGUGGAUAAGGGGUCUUCAAAUGGAAAAGGAGUCUCUUGGUCAAGCCAGGUUAGUUCCAGCAGGACCUCAACUCCUCCUUGCAGUCCUGCUGUGAGUGAGGUAAAUGUCAAGGUACAAAAAACUCAGGAAGUCUCCUAUGACACGGCUCCAAAAUUGGACAAUCGCUUUUUUGGGGUGCUCCUUGCUGAACUGCACCGCAAGAGCUUAGACAUCUACUCCUGCAUCUACGAGCAUGUGAGCAAAAUCCGAAGCAGAAGUCAACUGGACUUAAAGGAAGAAAACGAGGAUGUUGAGCAUCUGAUUCCCAAGGGAGUGUCCGAUCUGACCAAGCAACAGAUCCGCUACCUUCUCCAGAUGCGGGUGACUUCAGAGAAGUCCCUGCGGCUGCUCCUUACCACCUUCAGCAGUCUCCGAGAGGAACUGAUUCACCUACAGGACGACCUCAGGAGACUGGAGAGUGACAAGGAGACCCUGCAGAGAGACCUGAACUUCAAGAACAGUCAGGCCCAGCAGUACGAGAAGCUCCUGGAGUCCAUCCGCGUGAAUAACCGUCAGCUGCAGCAAACCCUGAAGGAGAGCAACUCGAGUAACACAAGCCUGGAGGAGAAGAUCCUGUUCUUGACAACCUCAUGCUUGGAUAAGGAAUACCGGCUGAAGGAGAUGGAGUACAGCAAGAGGGUGCUGGAGCAAGAGAAUGAAUUGCUGAGGCAGCAGAUCGCCGGUCAGAGCAACAGCCCCAGUUUCCAGGCGAAAUCAGAUGCGAUCACUAAAAAAUACAUGGAAAUGACCAUCACCCUUCGUGAGGAGAAGGACAGGGAAAUCAAAUCACUGAUGGAACAGCUCCAUAAGUUGCAGAUGGAAAGCUCCUCCAAGUCCAGCAGUGAUUACAGCACCCAGCUCCAGCUGACUGAGCUGCUGACAUCCCUGGAGCAGAAGGAGGCAGUCAUCAAGAGACAGGAAGAGGAUAUAAGGAGGUUUCAGCUGGAAAUGGAGAACCAGUCCAAGGGCGUCACCAAGACGAUCAUCACGAAAAAAUACAGAAAUCAGUAUCCUAUUCUGGGUCUUCUGUCUGAUGAAUACCAGGCUACCAUGCCUAGGAAAGAAGCCAAGACCAUUGUGAUUGAGAAGACUGGGGAGAUGUACAAACAUGAAUACAUAAUUUCUCCUUAAAAGAACUCCUUGAUUCUUAUAGGAAUGAGCCUGCUGAAGAACCCAUCCAUACAAAUAACUAAUCUCUGCAUGCUGCUAUUUUUUUUUUUGCUCUGAACAUUGUGGCCAGUGCUCCCUAACCUUCUGAAAGAGGCCCUGCUAAUGUUUUGCAAUUGGGCUAUGUUUGGGUGUACAAUCAAACAUGCAUUCUCUCACACACUGGACUGGACCUUAACGGAAAGAGGAAAAAAAAUAGUGUUUCAUGCUUAUUCAUUUUGUAUGUAAAAAACUAAU